AUGGAGGCCCAGCCAUCCAGCUGCCACCCCAGCCUGCUUCUCUCCAGCCCCACCUCAGCCUGGCUUUCUCUCCAGCCCCCACCUCAGCCUGGCUUCUCUCCAGCCCCCACCCCAGCCGGAUUCUCUCCAGCCCCCACCCCACCCUGUCUUCCUCUGUCCAGGCCCCCACCCCACCCUGUUCUUCUUCCAGCCCCACCCCACCCUGGCUUCUCUCCAGCCCCCACCCCACCCUGUCUUCUCUCCAGCCCCCACCCCACCCUGUCUUCUCUCCAGCCCCCACCCAGCCUGGCGGUUCUCUCCAGCCCCCACCCACCCGUCUUCUCUUCCAGCCCCACCCCAGCCUUGGCUUCUCUCCAGCCCCCACCCCAGCCUGGCUUCUCUCACCCCCACCCCACCCUGGCUUCCUCUGCCAGGCCCCCACCGCCACCCUGUCUUCUCUCCCAGCCCCACCCCCACCCUGGCUUCUCUCCAGCCGCCCACCCAGCCUGUCUUCUCUCCAAGCCCCACCCCACCCGUCUUCUCUCCAGCCCCCACCCCCAGCCUGGCUUCUCUCCAGCCCCACACCCCAACCUGCUUCUCUCCAGCCCCCACCCACCCUGGCUUCUCUCCAGGCCCCCACCCCAACCUGGCUUCUCUCCAGCCCCCACCCCCAACCUGGCUUCUCUCCAGCCCCCACCCACCCUGGCUUCUCUCAGCCCCCACCCACCCUGUCUUCUCUCCAAGCCCCCACCCAACCUGGCUUCUCUCCAGCCCGCCACCCACCCUGGCUUCUCUCCACCCCCACCCCAACUGCUUCUUCUCCUCCAGCCCCACCCCAACCUGGCUUCUCUCCAGCCCCCACCCCAACCUGGCUUCUCUCCAGCCCCCACCCCACCCUGGCUUCUCUCCAGCCCCCACCCCACACCUGUCUUCUCUCCAGCCCCCACCCCACCCUGUCUUUCUGCUCCAGCCCCCACCAGCCUGGGCUUCUCUCCAGCCCCCACCCCACCCUUAUCUUCUCUCCAGCCCCCACCCCAGCCGUGGCUUCUCUCCAGCCCCCACCCCAGCCUGGCCUUUCUCUCCAGCCCCCACCCCACCCCUGGCUUCUCUCCAGCCCCACCCGCACCCUGGCUUCUCUCCAGCCCCACCCCACCGCUGGCUCUCUCGCAGCCCCCACCCACCCUGUCUUCUCUCCAGGCCCCCACCCAGCCUGGCUUCUCUCCAGCCCCACCCCAGCCUGGCUUCUCGCAGCACCCACCCCAACCUGGCUUCUCUCCAGCCCCACCCCACCCUGUCUUCUCUCCAGCCCCAACCCUACCCCCCCUGUCUCUCUCCAGCCCCCACCCCAGCCUGUCUUCGUCUCCAGCCCCCGACCCCACCCUGUCUUCUCUCCAGCCCCCCACCCCACCCUGGCUUCUCUCCAGCCCCCCACCCCAGGCCGUCUUCUCUCCAGCCCCCACCCCACCCUGUCUUCUCUCCAGCCCCCACCCGCAACCUGGCUUCUCUCAGGCCCCACCCCACCCUGUCUUCUCUCCACCCCCACCCCAGCCUGUCUUCUCUGCCGCCCCCACCCCCAGCCUGUCUUCUCUCCAGCCCCCACCCCAGCUGUCUUUCUCUCCAGCCCCACCCCACCCUGUCUUCUCUCCAGCCCCACCCCACCCUGUCUUUCUCUUCCAGCCCCCACCCAACCUGGCUUCUUCCAACCCCCACCCCAACUGGCUUUCUCUCCAGCCCCCACCCCCAGCCUGUCUUCUUCUCCAGCCCCACCACCCUGGCUUCUCCUCCAGCCCCAACCCAGACCCAACAUCAUCACAGCCUGCCAGACCAUGGAGGGGUUCAUACCGGUCCAAACUUGUGGUGUUGGAGAGAAUUAAAUGUUAUUGGGUGUUUGUGAGCUUUCUGCUAGCUCUGAUGUUAGGUUUUGUAACAGACUGA